CUGCGCACCCCCGCCGGCCGCCACCCUCCCAUGUCCUCCUCCCCUUCCGCCGCCAACCUGCUCGCGCUCCUCCGCCGCAACGCCGCCUCCCCGGCCGUCGCGCUCCGACUCUUCCUCCACCUUUCCUCCGCGGCCUGCCCUCCUCCGCCGCGCUCCACGUCGUUCCUCGCCCGCCUCGUCGCCGAACACCCCGCCGCCGACGCGCUCCUCCCGCUCCUCCACCGCCACAUCCUCUCCUUCCCUGAUCCCUCCCCCCACCUCCUCGCGCUCCUCUCCUGCUCCGACGUCCUCCCGCUGCGCCUCGCCAUCCCCGCCUUCCGCUCCCUCCGCGCGCUCACGUCCGCGCCGCCGCCGACCACCCCCGUCUACAACCGCCUCAUUCUCGCCGCGCUCCGCGAGUCCCGCCUCGACCUUGUCGAGGCGCUCUACAAGGACCUGCUCCUCUCCGGCGCCCAGCCGGACGUCUUCACUCGCAACCUCCUGCUCCAGGCGCUCUGUGACGCCGGCCGCAUGGAGCUCGCCCAGAGGGUGUUUGACGCAAUGCCCGCCAGGAAUGAGUUCAGUUUUGGGAUCCUGGCGCGAGGGUACUGCCGUGCGGGGAGGAGCAUUGAUGCUCUUAAGGUACUCGACGGAAUGCCGAGCAUGAACCUGGUGGUUUGCAACACGGUGGUCGCAGGGUUCUGCAAGGAGGGCCUGGUGGAGGAGGCUGAGAGGCUGGUGGAAAGGAUGCGUGUGCAAGGGCUGGCACCAAACGUUGUCACGUUCAAUGCAAGGAUCUCUGCACUCUGCAAGGCUGGGCGGGUGCUGGACGCUUACAGGAUAUUCCAGGACAUGCAGGAGGAUUGGCAGCAUGGGUUGCCGAGGCCUGAUCAGGUGACUUUUGACGUAAUGUUGAGUGGGUUCUGUGAUGCUGGGUUUGUUGAUGAGGCACGGGUUCUGGUGGAUAUUAUGAGGUGUGGUGGUUUCCUGAGGAGGGUUGAGAGCUACAACCGCUGGUUAUCAGGGUUGGUGAGGAAUGGGAGGGUCGGCGAAGCGCAGGAGCUUCUUAGAGAGAUGGCACAUGAAGGAAUCCAACCUAAUAGCUACACGUACAAUAUUAUUGUCUCUGGGUUGUGCAAGGAGGGCAAGGCGUUUGAUGCGAGGAGAGUAGAGAAUUUCAUUAGGAGCGGUGUGAUGUCCCCAGAUGUUGUGACUUACACUAGUUUGCUCCAUGCCUAUUGCUCAAAGGGCAACAUUGCUGCUGCCAACAGGAUUCUUGAUGAGAUGGCACAGAAAGGGUGCGCACCAAAUUCAUUUACUUACAAUGUUCUGCUGCAGAGUCUGUGGAGAGCUGGUAGGACCACAGAGGCAGAGCGGUUGUUAGAGAGAAUGAAUGAGAAAGGAUACAGUUUGGAUACAGCAGGCUGCAAUAUCAUUAUUGAUGGAUUAUGCAGGAAUAGUAGAUUAGAUGUUGCUAUGGAUAUUGUUGAUGGGAUGUGGGAAGAAGGAAGUGGAGCUCUUGGCCGACUGGGGAAUUCAUUCCUUAGUGUAGUUAGUGAUUCUUCCAUCAGCCAAAGAUGUCUUCCUGAUCAGAUCACAUAUUCUAUUUUGAUUAGUGCAUUGUGCAAAGAAGGCCGGUUUGAUGAAGCCAAGAAGAAAUUACUUGAGAUGAUAGUGAAAGAUAUUUCCCCUGAUUCAGUUAUAUAUGACACUUUUAUUCACGGGUAUUGUAAGCAUGGAAAGACCUCUUUGGCUAUUAAGGUUCUGAGGGACAUGGAAAAGAAAGGUUGCAACCCAAGCACAAGGACAUACAACUUGUUGAUUCGGGGAUUUGAAGAAAAACAUAAAUCAGAAGAAAUCAUGAAACUGAUGAGUGAAAUGAAGGAGAAAGGAAUUUCUCCUAAUGUGAUGACCUACAAUAGCUUGAUAAAGUCUUUUUGUCAACAAGGGAUGGUUAACAAGGCCAUGCCUCUUUUGGAUGAAAUGCUACAAAAUGAAUUAGUUCCUAAUAUAACUUCUUUUGACUUGUUGAUCAAGGCUUAUUGCAAGAUUACAGAUUUCCCUUCAGCGCAGAUGGUUUUUGAUGCUGCUUUGAGAACAUGUGGGCAGAAGGAAGUGCUGUAUUGCUUAAUGUGCACUGAACUCACAACGUAUGGUAAAUGGAUUGAAGCCAAGAACAUUCUAGAAAUGGCACUUGAAAUGAGGGUCUCUAUCCAGAGUUUCCCAUAUAAGCAGAUAAUUUCUGGGCUCUGUGAAGUUGGGGAGGUGGAUCAUGCACAUAGCCUUCUCAAGUUGUUAAUAGCUAAACGACAUUUGUUUGAUCCAGCAGCAUUCAUGCCAGUGAUAGAUGCAUUAGGUGAUAGGGGAAAGAAACAGGAUGUUGAUAUGCUGUCAGCAAAAAUGAUGGAAAUGGCCGACCGUAAUGAUGGUCUUGGAACUGAUUCUGGUAAGAUUACCCCUGGAAGCUGUAAGCAUGAGCAUGACAGGAAUGGUGAAAGUGAUUGGCGUACUCUUUUGCACAGAGAUGACAGUGCCCGCACGAUUAUGAAAAUUACAAAGAGAGUUCGGACAGGAUGGGGUCAAAGAGGCAAUGUAUAUGAGCAUAAGCAGCAACAGAAUGAUGGCUUUUAUGUUGUUGAAAACACUGGUUAAGUGUUAUGUGAUCUUAUCAAACUGUUUAAGUACUGCAGCGCUAUAAUUUUGUGCUGCCAUCUCAGACAGAGCUUUUGUUCUAUCAUGAAUUCUUCAUCACUGUUGGGAGCUCAGCUUAUAUAUAUCUGAGAUUCGCUGUUGAACUAAAUGAAAGGAUAAAUGCUGUACAGAGCUGCACACCCCAUUGAUGUUGUGCCAGAUCAGGAAUUCGGUAAAUGCAGAUAAAUGGACUUACUAUGAUGAAAAGUACAACUCACGCUAUUUACACCAGGAAGCAGCAGGGAGAAGCCUCAAGAAGGCAAAGGACGACGGGGAACACGAGCUCGGCAGAUUUGGGCAUGGAAAUUGCUGGGCUCCCUCCUGACAUCCUUGUGGAGGUGACGGCUAACAUCGCGACAAGGUCUUCGACUCCCCUCGAUGACAUCGUCAACCUCAGGCGAUCGUGUAAGCUGUUCCGCGAUGCGACGGCGGCGAGGAAGGUCGGGCGGUGCAUGGCCGUUCAGAGAGAGUGGAGGCUGCACUGGUGGGACAAGACGAGGUUCCUGUCCGUGCUUCGGCGGUGCGCGGCGAGCGGCAACCCUGAGGCAUCCUACAUCCUCGGACUGGAGUUGUUCUGCAACCGGAGGAGAAAAGCCAGCGCGCUCCGGCACCUCCGCUGCGCCAUGGAGCAUGGCCACGCCGCGGCAGCCUACAUGAUCGGGAUGAUCAUGUUGCACCAGUCGCGCUCGCCGGGCGGCACCGAGCAGGCGCUGGAAUGCCUGGACCGCUUGUCUGCGUCUGCGUCCGCCGGCACCUGGACAAGGCGCAGGGUCGCCUCCGUUCGCAGGGAGGCCUUGUCGGUCAUGCGAAGGCUGACGAUGCGUCGGUGGAGGAUGGCCGAGCCUCCCACGCCCUGCUCGAAUCCGUGGUGCGGCAAGGCAGAGACGGGGUCGGUGGAGGCCUGGGACGACGGCGACGACGAGGAGAGGAGGUUUUGUAGCCGGACGUGUUGGUGGAAACACGAGUAUUGUAAGUUCAUUCAGAAGAUUUGAGAUCGUGUACCAUGGAUAUUUAGGAUGGAGAGAGUAUUGUUAUCAAUGGUUCAAGUUUUUUCUUCUUUCUUUCGAUCAAUACCACAGGCAGCUUGCUCCUCAAAAGGAGGAUUAAAAGGUCUCGAACAGAGAGAGAGAGAGAGUACUUGCAAGGCACGCUGCAUGUGUCACCUUGGCAGAACUGUUCGCUAAUUUGUUGUAAGAAAAAAAAUACUGCUGAACAACUGAUAAACUCAAGCGAACACAUGAAGUAGCCACCUAAAAUGCCCUUGAGGACUUUUUCCCCUUUUGAAAGGAAGAGUCACAGUACAGCAAUUUGAGUGA